AUGUUGAGUAACAAGCAACCACUCAAGGUGAACCUGGAUGAAGGAUCACAAGGAGCAAUUGCUACUUUCAACGAACUUAAGCUGAUAACGGAUCAAGAACAAGAACCCAUUAAUGAUUUAGGAUCUAGUCGUCUUAGCUUUCGUUUAGUCAAGGCCAUGACUGACAUGGAUAGACCGGGUUCUUGCUAUGAGGUCAACUUUUUAUGGCCUUCUUCGGUCAACCACAACUAUUGUUGUUGCAUCUAUAGAGUGCCAUGCGGGUUAAGGGGUGUGAAUCCAGAGGCUUACACUCCUCGAAUGCUUCUCAUCGGCCCUAUUCACCAUUUUAAAAAAGCUCAAGCUGCUGAGCUCUCCAAACCCUAUUUGAGGUCUAAAAUGCUUUUAGAUUUGGGUCCGAUUAUGGUAACACAUUUCACGGAUAUGCGUCGGCUUGACCGUGUCGAGACGCUAGGUCUAACAAAAGAAGAGCAGAUCAACUCAAAGUUUGUGAGCAUGGAGUCGAGAGCUAUACUUCGCAACGCAGACAUAAAAAGGGUUGUGAGGAACACAAUGGCACUCGAACAAUUUCACUACACUUAUACAGCCUAUGUUUGUCACUACAUCGACUUCUUGGACUGUCUCAUUGAAACUGAGAAAGACGCUGACUUGCUCGUCAACGCAGGGGUUAUAAAGAACUUGUUAGGACGUAAAGGAUUACUCGCGGAUAUGGUGAACAAAUUGUCUUUAGAGGUUGUUGACUAUGGCAAUUACUAUUACGAUAUAACUGAAAGCCUCAGCGACCACUACGAUCGAAAACUGUUUCAACAGAUCCGUGGCCACUCUCCGGCGAGUCUACUUCAAAGACGUUUGGACCGGAACCGCUCACACCGUCGCCGUCAUUCUCCUCUUGUUAACUUUGAUUGGGACAGUUCCUUUCGUUCUCCAAGUGGCCAAUAA